AAAUUGUUGUAGAUGUUACCUUCAGCUUCUCUGUUAUCGUGUUACUCAUUCAGAAGAGGAUCGAGUCAGAGUUCCUGUAGUUAAUAAGUAUUUUUAAGGUGCAGCUUUAAAACACUGCAGAUGAAUUCUCAGCAGACAAACAGCCAUCAUGGAGCCUCGUCUSUCUGUCUGCGUCCUGCUGGUUCUUUGUGUAACAGGGAGUGUGACUGGAGGAAAGAUUCUGGUGUGGUACACCGAGCACAGCCACUGGAUCAACAUGAAGCCYGUCCUGGAGACACUGGUGGACAGAGGACACCAGGUGACGGUCCUGGUCCCGAGCUCAUCGUUGUUUAUGAACAGCAGUGAACCCUCUGGCUUUCAGUACGAACCUUUUAACGUUACUAUCUCCGUGGAGUCUAUGAAAAAGCAUUUUCAAGAGUUCCUUCACUUUAUUAUUUAUGAGAUGGAACAAUUAAACUACAUUCAACUUUACGUCAAAUUUACAGAAAUAUUAAAAAAAAAUGUGCAAGUUACUCUUACUCUUUUGGACGGUGUGGUGAAAUCAGAAACCAUCAUGAAGAAGCUGAAGGAAGGAAACUAUGAUUUACUCCUGGCUGAUCCUACACACCCUGGGAGUGAAUUAACUGCAGACAUUUUGGGGAUUCCUCUGAUUUUUUCUUUGCGUUUUACUAUAGCUCAUAACUGGGAGAGACUGUGUGGUCAGAUGCCUGCUCCACCUUCCUUUGUCCCAGCUGCUAUGAGUAAACUGACAGACAAGAUGAACUUCUCACAGAGAGUUUUUAACGUCCUCUUCUACGCUCUACUGGAUAUUUUAGCGGAACAGUUUAAGUGGAAAGAGCUGGAUAAAUAUUACGCAGAAGUCAAAGGAACACCCACCAGUAGCUGUGAGUUGAUGGGCAAAACAGACAUCUGGCUGAUGAGAACCUACUGGGAUUUUGAUUUCCCUCGUCCAUUCCUCCCUAAUUUUAAAUUUGUUGGAGGGAUCCAUGGCAGACCUGCUAAACCUUUACCAAAGGAUAUGGAAGAAUUUGUCCAAAGCUCUGGAGAUGAUGGCAUCGUGAUCUUCUCUUUGGGAUCAAUGGUCAAAAACGUCACCACAGAAAAAGCAAACAUUAUAGCGUCAGCUCUCGCACAGAUUCCACAAAAGGUGCUGUGGAGAUACAAAGGGAAGAAACCAGACACUUUAGGUUCAAACACUAAACUUUAUGACUGGAUUCCACAGAAUGACCUACUGGGUCACCCUAAAACCAGAGCUUUCAUCACUCAUGGUGGAGCAAAUGGGGUUUAUGAGGCCAUCUACCACGGUGUUCCCAUGGUGGGAAUCCCAGUGUUUGCUGAACAACCAGACAACAUGAUGCACAUGAAGGCCAAAGGAGUUGCAGCUAACGUUGACUUUAGGUCUUUAACAACUGAGGACCUCAGAAAUGCAAUCAACACUGUCGUCAAUGAUAAAUCCUACAAAGAAAAUGCCCUGAGACUGUCCAGAAUCCACCACGACAGACCCGUGAGUCCUCUGGAUGAGGCAGUUUUCUGGAUCGAGUUCACCAUGAGACACAAAGGAGCAAAGCACCUGAGAGUCCAAGCCCAUGAGCUCACCUGGUACCAGUAUCACAGCCUGGAUGUCCUGAGCUUCCUCCUCACUGUAGUUCUGCUUCUCAUCUUCAUCUUCAUCAAGACCUGCAGCUUCUGUUUCCAGAGGGGAGUGUGACUGGAGGAAAGAUUUUGGUGUGGUACUCUGAGGCUAGCCACUGGAUUAACAUGAAGCCGGUCCUGGAGACACUGGUGGACAGAGGACACCAGGUGACGGUCCUGGUCCCGAGCUCAUCGUUGUUCAUGAACAGCAGUGAACCCUCUCGCUUUCAGUACGAACCCUUCAAUGUCUCUGUCUCUUUAGAGUUUAUAGAACAGCUUAUUGACGAGUUCCUUCACUUCUCUAUAUAUGAGAUGGACUACAUGAACAUUUUUCAAAUUCACAGCAGAUGGAUGCAUUUGUUAAAAACCACAACAAAUUUUACUCUAACAAUUUUGGACGGCGUAAUAAGCUCAAAAACCAUCAUGAAGAAGCUGAAGGAAGGAAACUAUGAUUUGCUCCUGGCUGAUCCAAUCUUCGCUGGCAGUGAUUUAACGGCAGAAAUUUUGGGCAUCCCUUUGGUCUUUUCUUUGCGUUUUUCUGUAGCUAAUAACUGGGAGAGACUGUGUGGUCAGCUGCCUGCUCCGCCUUCCUUCGUCCCAGCUUGUGUGAGCAAACUGACGGACAAGAUGAACUUCUCACAGAGAGUUUUUAACUUAGUUUUUUAUGCUCUGCAGGACAUUUUGUUUGAUUACUCUAUGUGGAAAUACAUAGAUAAUUAUUAUUCAGAAUUUAGAGGAACUCCCACCAGUGCCUGUAAGAUGAUGGGUAAUGCAGACAUCUGGCUGAUGAGAUCCUACUGGGAUUUUGAUUUCCCUCGUCCAUUCCUUCCUAACUUUAAAUUUGUUGGUGGAAUCCACUGCAGACCUGCUAAACCUUUACCAAAGGAUGUCGAAAAAUUUGUCCAAAGCUCUGGAGAUGAUGGCAUCGUGAUCUUCUCUUUGGGAUCAAUGGUCAAAAACAUGACCACAGAGAAGGCAAACAUGAUAGCUUCAGCUCUUGCUCAGAUUCCACAAAAGGUUCUGUGGAGAUACAGCGGCAAGAAACCAGAAACUUUAGGUUCCAACACUAAGCUUUACAAGUGGAUUCCACAAAAUGAUCUUCUGGUUUGCUGACCAGCCAGACAACAUGGCACAUAUUAAAGCCAAAGGAGCUGCAGCUGUUGUGAGCUUAAACUUCAUGACAGCCGAAGACCUCAGAGAUGCAAUCAACACCGUCAUCAAUGACAAAUCCUACAAAGAAAACGCUGUGAGRCUGUCCAGAAUCCACCACGACAGACCCAUGAGUCCUCUGGAUGAGGCAGUUUUCUGGAUYGAGUUCACCAUGAGACACAAAGGAGCAAAGCACCUGAGAGUCCAGGCCCACGAGCUCACCUGGUACCAGUAUCACAGCCUGGAUGUCCUGAGCUUCCUCCUCACUGUAGUUCUGCUUCUCAUCUUCAUCUUCAUCAAGACCUGCAGCUUCUGUUUCCAGAGGUGCUGCGGCAGAAAAAAGACAAAGAGGAAGGCUGAAUAAUAGACUAAAAUAUUUAUUCUAAAGAGCCAAUAGGUGAAUUUAAAAAAUAUAACCUGGCACGAGCACUUGACAUCCUUCAAAUAAGUUAGGUUUGCUGACGAGUCACCUUUUUUUUGUUUCAU